CGGUACGAUUAAUUUUUUUGGGUGUGUAAAUUUACAAAUAUUACCCUUUGCAUGCAUCUGCAGCUUUAAGAAGGUUGAUAAAGUAACUGAUUCUACAUCAACUGCGGUGAGUGGUGGCAUCACUGGCAUGGAUGGUCUUCCACGUUAAGAUAUCAGUGAAAAGACUACCCCCCCUGUUAAAAGGCUUAGAGGGUUCUGAUUUGAAGGUCCGCUUGGAAUCUAUUGAAAGUGUGACCAAAAUUCUGGAAGAGGCGAACAAACCUAUUCUGCCUGCUGGAACUGGAGAUCUAUUUGGAGCUCUAAAAGGGCGUCCACACGACAGUAACAACAUUUUUUUUAUUAUUGCUACUUUGUCCACAAUCGGUGCUCUUACGACUACAAUGGACUGCCAGUUGAGAAGUCAGGCAAGGGAUCUUUUUAAAUGGCUAUCAAGAAGACAACUUGCUGGAUUGGUGAGUUCCCUUGAUGAAAUAAAGCUGCUCAAACCCACUGCAUCUGCUAUCACGGUUUUUCAUUAUGCAAGGAUAAAUUAGCAGGUGGUUGUAAAGCGGCUGAAGCAUGCUUUAAUGAAAUAUUGAGAGGGUUUAUGGACAAGAAACGGUAUGAACAUCCAAAUUUUUGGUUACUUGAUUGAUGUUGGCCAACUCUUUUAGCUGCUAGGUGGCGCUAGACCUAUCUUAUAUCUCUUCCCUUAUAUGUACCCAAAAAUUUGAGAUAUAUACAACAUUUUGCUUUAGCUGUUAUUAGCAAACGACUGAAGCCAUAUGGAGCUCUUCAAGGUAUUAUGCUACUUACAUUUAACUCAUUCAUCUCCUAGUAAAAAAAUAUAUUUAUGUUUUUCCACUUUUCCAUGUCAUUAUAUUGAUUUUUUUCGUGCCACAUCCA